AUGGAGCGCGAGCGCGUCAUUCAACAGGUUGUCGAGAAGCUAGCGACAAACGGGCUGCUCUCGCUGCCUCCGCACAAACAAAAACACCAUCGCAAGGCGAAAAAGGAGGCGCUAUUGGAAGGCCGAUUGCACUCGUUGCUCUCGCACUCGCUCAGUGAGAGCGGUCUUAACUACGCCCACGUCUUGCCGCCGCCAAUCAUUGAUCCAGCCCCGACUGACCCGAUAGACCGACCGCUCGUGCUCGCUCGGCACGAGGGCCCCGAGCAAACGAUUGCCGAGCGUCAAGUGCGCCCACACUCCACGACGAAGCGAGCCAAGCGUGUCGAGAAAGAGUCUCGGUUGCGCGACAACCCCCUUUUUGAGAAACCGAAGCUCAAAUCGGCGGCGAGAAAAGUGGACAAACCCAAGGCUGCGCCCGACGAGCAAGCGCCGGUGGACGAGGACGCGGCGUGGACGGACCUCACCAAAGUGCCGUACAAUAUGGACAAGAAGACGUGGAUCUUGCUCCAACAAACCAAGCGCAUUUUGCAGCAAACAACAUCCAGUACGAACUACCGCCCGGGCAAGAUCGCGCCAAAGCCGCUUUGGGAGGCCUCGCAGCGCCCUCCCGAGAGUGGCGCCACUGCGACAACGACCGCAUCGGCGCCGACAAGCCUCCAAGAGCCCGUCGAUGCAUGCGACACGACAGUAGGAGCCGUGCCACCGACGCCAGAGCCAAACAAGUCGCCUCCCAAGGGCUACCAACUAGCGAUGCUUGAGCCUUUCCCAGACACGGACCCCAACACCAACGACGACAAGGUCUGGGAGAACGAGCUCGCGCGUCAAAUUUUGAGCUUGUACGCCACCAGCGUCAAGACCAAGAAAACGGGGGGGUCCCCGACAAAGCCCGCUGGCCCCCCAACGCCACGUGGUGACCAAACGACGGCGAUCGAGCACAGUGACGUGGCGACGCGGGUGUGUGAGGACCGUCGGUCGCGCAUCCGAGCCGUGCAAGACUCGUGGGAGCCGAGCCACCGACUCGAGAACGGCAAAGUCAAACUUUGUCUGCCGAAAAUUCCACGACCGAUUUGGUUUGCUGGCACGGGCGUUGUGCUGGCGACGUGGUGUGCAUUGGCCGGCCCAGAGAUCGAGGGCCACAAGCACGCACCCGAUCGCACGUACCUCGCGGGGGAGCCAGUCCUGUGUCGGCACUUGCUCUGCGACGACCUCCGGCAUUUGGAACAGAGUGGCGCCCACGAAAAGUACAUUGCGGUCGUCGAGACACUACUCAUGGCGCGACUACGCACCCAUUUCAAGACGCUCGAUGACAUCGACAUCAAGCUCUGGCGGCAGCUCGUCAUCACGUGCAACGCAUUUGCAAGCCGCAACAUUGACGCCAAGAAGCACGCGGUGGCACUGCAGCUCAUUAAAAAGACGGAAGCGCUCCUCGACGACUCGACGCUGCUCCUCGGCCCCGCGCGCGCCGAGCUCGUCGCGUUUAUCGCCGACUCGUACGCGCACUACUACUACAGCCGCGGCAAAGCCCACGCUGGUCUCAAGUACUGCUCCAAAGCCCAUGGGACACACGUCAAGCUGGGCGAGUGGUCCCACGUGGCCAAAGCCAAGCUCCACAUGGCGGCGCUUCUCUCGCGGCUCGAGCGCCACGACGCUGCGAUCCAAGCUCUCCACGAGAUCCUCCAGCUCGUCGAGAGUGCGCAGCUCGAAGACGCGGGUGGCGCGUCGGCCCAAAAGCUGUGCCUUGUCGCAGUGACAUACAACAAUCUCGCACUUGAGCAGCUCCACGUGCGCGACAUUGAUCGCGCGUCGACUGCGAGCCAAAACGCCCGGCGGCUCGCGCGACUGUGCUUGAGCUACAGCAAUCGCUGGCUAUCGCAGCUCGAGGCGACGCACAAGGCGGUCGUGCGGGCGAUGACAACGGUGCUCGGUGACGACUGCGCAUUUGACAUGGAGCUCGUCAUGAAGUACGACAUUGAAGCUUAAACAUACUAAGGCCACGCUUGACCCGAA